GUGGGUCAACACGCGCAGCUCUCGUACUAAACCUCCGAGUUCGCUCCUACUCGGAAACACAUAGUCUCGCACACCAAUUCUCUAUUUUGGGCGAAACCCGGCAAGAAAAACCAGUUCUUGCUCAAAUCCUCUUCGUUUCUUCUCCGUCUUUCCCUGCCGCGAAGUUCCAAUUCAUCGAAUUUCGCCAGACAAGCUGCUGAUAUUGGUUUGGGGGGGGGUGGGUACUCUGUUGGUUCUUCUUCUGGGUUGCAUCUUACAUGGAUUAGUUCUUGAAUUUCUGGAGAAGCAUGCCCAAAUCGAAAAGCUUCAUGCAUAAUCUCCUGAAAACAUUCAAAUUCGGCUCGAGCAAAGAGGGACAAGGGGAAGAGGACUUGGGGAGAAUAGCUGCUCAAGAGCAAAAGCAUUUCUCAUUCGAAGCGUUGGUUGCUGCAACGAAAAAUUUUCACCCGACUCACAAACUCGGUGAAGGUGGUUUUGGACCCGUAUACAAGGGAAAGUUGGAAGAUGGAAGAGAUAUUGCGGUGAAAAAGCUUUCUCAUAGCUCAAAUCAAGGGAAGAAGGAAUUCACAAAUGAAGCAAAGUUAUUGGCACGUGUACAGCACAAGAAUGUUGUAAAUUUGUUGGGGUACUGUGCUCAUGGAUCAGAAAAGUUGCUAGUUUAUGAGUAUGUCCGCAAUGAGAGCCUUGACAAGCUUCUAUUCAAAUCCAAUAGUAACAAGGAGUUGCUUGACUGGAAGAGGAGGUUUGACAUCAUCGGGGGCAUCGCCCGCGGCUUGCUCUACCUGCAUGAGGACUCGCACAGCUGCAUCAUUCACCGCGACAUCAAGGCGAGCAACAUACUCCUUGACGACAAGUGGGUCCCGAAGAUUGCGGACUUUGGGAUGGCCCGCCUCUUCCCGGAAGGUGAAACGCACGUCAACACACGCGUGGCCGGUACCAAUGGGUAUAUGGCUCCAGAAUAUGUGAUGCACGGAAGCUUGUCGAAGGCAGCGGACGUGUUUAGCUUCGGUGUGUUGGUUCUCGAGUUGAUCACCGGACAUAGGAACAACUCCUUUCAUUUAGAUGUUGAUGCGCAAAAUAUGAUCGAUUGGGCAUACAAAAUGUACAAGAAAGGGAAAAGCUUGGAGAUUGUGGACUCAGCAUUGGCAUCCUCAGCAUCCGCGGAUCAAGUGGCCAUGUGCAUCCAAAUAGGGCUUUUGUGUACGCAAGGCGAUCCGCGCAACCGCCCAACCAUGAACCGGGUUGUGGUCUUGCUGUCGAAGAAACCCGGCAGCCUGGACGAGCCGAUCGCAAGGCCGGGCAUACCGGGCACCCGUUACAGACGGUCCCGCCGGCCUCCCGGCUUGUCUAGUUCUGCCGGAACGACUACAGGAACUUCUGGCGACACCAUGAUGCGCUCCUUCGGCUCAGGAUUCAACACGAGCUCCGCGACGGCAUCGACGGCCACAACCUCAACGAUGUCUACCCUCGCGAGUCCUUCGGAUCCUCACGGGAAGCGCCCUAUGCAGAGUUAGGUACAUCACUCCUAUUGAGGUGUAGGAGUUUUUGAGUAUUCUUUGUAUGCCCAAAUUAGAGUUUGAAGUGGAAAUGCAUGAGGGAAUUAGUCAGGUAAGGUGUCUAAGGACGUGACUGGAGAACCUAUGGAAAGACGGGAAAAAAAAUUGGUUGUGUUGAAGUGUGCAAUUUACGAAUGUGUAAAUUAGCAAAUUCAUUCUUUUCUG